UCCUGCCGACCCAAUUCCCGAAAAUCUGGAAUUCCCGACGAUUUUUUGGUUCGGGAUCCCGAAUUCCCGAAAUCGGGAAUUUUUUUAGUGGACAGGAUCCCUGGUCUGUGGUUCAUCAUUUUUUCUUUCAUAGCUUACUUAAGAUCCUCUUAUCAGCAAUCCCGAAUACUUGAGGUUAUUGCCUCUCAUUUUUUAUUUUCCAAAAUUGUGUUAGUUUCGGGAAUCCCUUCAACGAUUGACCACUUCUGUAUUUUUCUUAGGAUCGAGGGAUUCGAAUUUCACCAGCGAAAAUUAGUUUUUUUUUACCCUACUGGAAAAUAUAAAGAUUUUAACUCCAACUUUGGGAAACUAUUUUUAACCUUCUCCCUUUCCUAAAUUAUAUUUUCUAUAGUAGUUUUUGGGUUGGUGUUUUCAGUUAAUAACUAUUGUCCAAAUUCUUUCUAUUCUUUUUUUUCAAAGGCUGACAGUGUAGCUAUCAAAAUGGAAGAACAUCGCUCCAUAAAUAGAUUUUGGGUUCAUAUAGAUAUGGAUGCUUUUUAUGCUUCUGUGGAAUGCCGCGACAAACCAGAAUUAAGGACUGUUCCAAUGGCUGUGGGUGGUGAUGCUAUGUUGGCAACUUCAAACUAUUUGGCACGCAAAUUUGGUGUAAGAUCAGCAAUGCCAGGGUUUAUUGCCAAAAAAUUAUGUCCAGACCUUGUAAUUGUUCCUUGCGACAUGCACAAAUACAUUCGGGAAAGUAAUAUUGUAAGAAGUAUAUUUCAAUAUUACGACCCAAAUAUGUUUAUGGGAGGCUUGGAUGAGGCCUAUUUGGAUUUGACUGAUUUUGUUGGACAAAGAAUAUUUCCAGUAAAAUGCAAAAGAAUUCGUUAUACUGGUGAUUGUAUUUGUCGGCUUCCUUUAAUUCCUUCUAAUCAAAAUAUUUCUGAAGAUGCUGAACGUGUUGUAAUAAUUUGUAAUCGUUGCAACAAGGAAAGAAUUGCAAUAAUUGAUUAUGUUGUUUUUGGUACUGGAUUGGAUGAUAUAGUUAAUCAAAUACGUUUUGAAGUUGAACAAUUGACUGGAUUGACUUGUAGUGCUGGAAUAGCAACAAACAAAAUGCUUGCCAAAAUCUGUACCGAUUUAAAUAAACCAAAUGGCCAAUUUUAUUUGGAAGCUGAUCGUUACAAAAUUAUUGAUUUUAUGAAUUCUCUAAAAAUUCGAAAAGUUCCAGGAAUUGGGCCAAAAUGUGAGGCUAUUUUGAAAUCUAUUGGAGUGGAAAAAUGUUCAGAUUUGUUUGAAAAAAGAGCAAAAAUUCGUUAUAUAUUUACUAAUCUACAUUCUGAAUGGCUUUUAAAGGUUUCUUUGGGUUUGGAUGCCUGGGAAAUUGAUAAAGGAAGUAACCAAAAAAGUGCGGGUAUUGGAAGAACUUUUGCUCCAAAACAAAAUUUUACGGAACUCUGUCAAAUCCUUUACAAACUUUGUCGUAAACUUAUAAAAUCAUUGCCUUCUUCUAGAAUUGUUGGUGGACGUUCAGCUACAUUAUCUAUAAAAUUUGCAACAUUUGAUUACAUUACAAGAUGUAAAUCUGUUGAUUUUGUUAUUCAAAAUGUUGAAAUGCUUUACCCAAUAGUUGAGGGCCUUUUAAAGAAGGAAUUGGUCGGGAGAAAUGAUGCGAUUCGUUUAUUGGGUGUUCGCCUUUCUGAUCUUAUUUUUGAUGGAUUUAAUUUUGAUGAAGAAAAUGGAGAAGAGGAAGAGUUACAACAAGGGGUGUCAAAUUAUUUAAUUAAAUUUUAG